AUGGAGCAGAGCAACAAGCAGAAGCAGCAGACGCCGCAGGGCCACGCAGUGCCCGGUGUGUUCAGGAAAUGGGAGAAGCCUGGAGCCCGGACAAACAGAGACAAUCGGCUUGAUCUGAAGCUGCCCCACAGCCAUGGAAUGAAGAACGUCUGCCCCGAAAAGUCACAGAAACAGGCUUGGGUUCGGUCAGCGGAGACUAAGUACCAGUGUUCCGCCAACCCAGGAACAGAGCAGGCCCUGCAGGCGCAGCGAGAAGACAGAUUCCCGGGAACGCACUCAGGAGGAAAAAUGGAGAAAGUAACACUUCCCACGGAAACUACCAGAAACAUCCAGAAAAUGAAGCAGAAAAAUGCAGCCCAGGAAUCAGAAAAGGCCUCAGUCCGGUCAAUUAAACCUUGGAGUGACCAGGAAAUCCAGAGUUUCCUGCAAGAAUGGGAAUUUCUUGAACGUGAAGUGUACAGGGUGAAGAAGAAGUAUCACGUAGUAUCAAAAACAAUUGCCCAGCGUCUCAAGCAGAGAGGUAUGAAGAAGAGCUGGCAGGAAUGUCUCCAGAUGCUAAUAAGCUUGCAGGACUUAUACUUCACUAUUCAGGAGGCCAACCAGAGGCCAAGGUGCCUACCCUUGCCAUGUCCUUAUGGCGAGGCCCUGCACAGGAUUCUGGGAUACAGAUGGAAAAUCGGCGUCUUCUCAGGUCCUCCCUGUGCAGAUGCGGUUGACCUCGCACCUCCCCAGCACCAGCCCCAGGCCUGUGGCGUUCCCAUAGCCGUUCAGGAGCUGACGUGGGCCCCGACACCUGUGAUCUAUGUGGAAAAUCCUCCGGUACCCGAAUGGGAGCCCUGGAACACGAAUGGUCAUGCUCCAUAUAUGAAUCCUGCUUUUCCCCCAGCAGCCCCAGGCCCCCUACCACAGUGGGCCAUCUCUACUGACUGAUCCAGAUCUUGAAGACAAUUAGAAUCUGGAUCCCGAUUCUUCAGAAAGACUGAAAAGUAGCACAAUCUGUGUAUGUUAGUGCGUGACUCCUUCCCCUCCUCACCUGGUGCAAUGAGAAUAAAUGUGGAAUAAAUGAACGACCGUGACCUC